AUGAUACUGAAACCCGCUGUCCUUGCAGGGCUACUAAGUGUGGUUACGCAAGUCCUCGCGGACGUUGCGCCAGAAGUCACCACUAUAGCCGGAGGCUACAACUAUAUUGCCAAGCUCCCAUGCAUUGGCUGCCCCUAUCUUUACCAAGACACAUCAACAGGCGAAAACGGACCAUGGGCAAGUCGAGUCGAUGAUAAUGCGUUGCUCCUAAACAUAUCGCUGCCCUUCGACGCGGCGCACCUCUCCAUCAACAAUGCACCUCUUCUUUCAGAUUCCAGGACCCUUCCCCGGAUCUACGCCUCUCAAGUCAUUUCCGACUACUCCCGCGACGACCUCUCCAAUGCCAUCUCAACCACCUCCCUCGACACCGUAGGACCCCUCCUGGGCCUGUCGUACGGCUACUCUCUGCGCCGCGUAACAAAUUCCACCGCUCUAGUAUUCCGCUUCAAUGUUUUUGAAGCGCAUUUCUCUCCUUCCACACACAAUCCUUUACUCAAGACGCCAGUGGUUGUCAAACUCGACAACCCCAAGCAGCGCGUUGUUGAGCUUAUUUUACUACCGCGCCCCUUGCUCAGUGCAGGUGAUGUGGGUCCAGCGUGGGAGAUCGUCUCUGUGCGGUUGGUGAACAGGGACAAGAAGGGAAGUAAGAGGAGGAUGAAGACGAUGGUGUUUGGAGAGUGGGAUGAGUUUGGGAGGAAAGGCUCACCGACGCAUCUAGUCUCCGCGUAUUCGAAUGGUGUUGUGACUUAUGCCAGUUCUGGGUUCUGGGGUCUGAGUGUGGCUAUUUUGGGAUUCAUAGUAGUUUUUGUGCUGAGUGUUGUGGGCUGUGUGGUCGGGUGGGAUUGGUGGAGCGGCGAGUAUGAGAAGGCGCAGCAUGGCAAGGGAGAGGUUUCUGAGUGCGAGUGA